GCGUGGAAACUGGGGAAGGAUGUAAGAUCACCUCCUUGAGCUGAGCCCUGUGAACGGAAGUCUGGAAACUGUGGUUGGGGAAGGGUUUGAGUGUCUACUGGCCCCUGUCAGCCCUAUUGACCCUAGGCAGCACCCAGUUGCUUGGUCUUCAGAACCAUUGUUAGGGACAGGGAAGUAUAUGGGACUUUCAUGUUACGGUAUUCAUGGCCCCAGGCUGAGGGUGUGAGCACAGAGGUACCCAUCACCCUAGGUGUUCAGAUAGGGAAACCGAGGUACCUUUGGCAGAAUUACACAAGAAAAUGUUGGUCAGACAGGAAACCUUGCUCUGCCUCAUGUGUUUCAAUCUUGUUCCUCCUCCCAGGUGUAUAGACGGCUGCCUGACCCCUGGGCCCUAGGCCCCUUCCACAAUGCCUGUCGCUGGUCUCCUCCUCUGGGCUUCGCUGCUCACUGGGGCCUGGCCAGCCGCCCCCAGCCAGGACUACCUCCCAGCCACGCCCCGGGUCCGGCUCUCAUAUAAAGAGCUUAAGGCCACAGGCACGGCCCACUUCUUCAACUUCCUUCUCAACACAACUGACUACCGAAUCCUGUUCAAGGACGAGGACCACGACCGCAUGUAUGUGGGCAGCAAGGACUACGUGCUGUCCCUGGACCUGCAUGACAUCAACCGUGAGCCCCUCAUUAUCCACUGGGCAGCCUCCCCACAGCGCAUUGAAGAGUGCGUGCUCUCGGGCAAGGAUGGCAAUGGUGAGUGCGGGAACUUCGUCAGGCUCAUCCAGCCCUGGAACCGAACACACCUGUACGUGUGUGGCACCGGCGCCUACAACCCCAUGUGCACCUACGUAAACCGUGGCCGCCGUGCCCAGGCCACGCCCUGGACCCAGAUGCAGGUGGUCAGAGGCCGAGGCAGCAGAGCCACCGAUGGUGCCCUCUACCCGACGCCCACAGCCCCACGCCAGGAUUACAUCUUCUACCUGGAGCCCGAGAAGCUCGAGUCAGGGAAGGGCAAGUGUCCCUACGACCCCAAGCUGGACACAGCCUCAGCCCUCAUCAACGAGGAGCUCUAUGCAGGCGUGUACAUCGACUUCAUGGGCACCGACGCAGCCAUCUUCCGCACCCUUGGCAAGCAGACGGCCAUGCGCACGGAUCAGUACAACUCUCGGUGGCUCAAUGACCCUUCAUUCAUCCACGCUGAGCUCAUCCCCGACAGCGCCGAGCGCAACGACGACAAGCUCUACUUCUUCUUCCGCGAGCGGUCCACAGAGGCGCCGCAGAGCCCUGCCGUGUACGCCCGCAUCGGGCGGAUCUGCCUGAAUGAUGACGGCGGCCACUGCUGCCUGGUAAACAAGUGGAGCACGUUCCUGAAGGCAAGGCUGGUCUGCUCCGUGCCGGGCGAGGAUGGCAUCGAGACCCACUUCGACGAGCUCCAGGAUGUGUUUGUCCAGCAGACCCAGGAUGUGAGGAACCCAGUCAUCUACGCUGUCUUCACCUCCUCGGGCUCUGUAUUCCGAGGCUCUGCCGUGUGUGUCUACUCCAUGGCUGACAUCCGCAUGGUCUUCAACGGGCCCUUCGCCCACAAGGAGGGCCCCAACUACCAGUGGAUGCCUUUCUCAGGGAAGAUGCCCUACCCACGGCCCGGCACGUGCCCUGGCGGAACCUUCACACCGUCCAUGAAGUCCACCAAGGACUACCCUGAUGAAGUCAUCAACUUCAUGCGCAGCCACCCGCUCAUGUACCAGGCCGUCUACCCGCUGCAGCGGCGGCCCCUGGUGGUCCGCACGGGCGCCCCCUACCGUCUCACCACUGUGGCCGUGGACCAGGUGGACGCAGCCGACGGGCGUUAUGAGGUGCUUUUCCUGGGCACAGACCGCGGGACAGUGCAGAAAGUCAUCGUGCUGCCUAAGGACGACCAGGAGAUGGAGGAGCUCAUGCUGGAGGAGGUGGAGGUCUUCAAGGACCCAGCACCUGUUAAGACCAUGACCAUCUCUUCCAAGAGGCAACAACUGUACGUGGCCUCAGCUGUCGGCGUCACACACCUGAGCCUGCACCGCUGCCAGGCAUAUGGGGCCGCCUGUGCCGACUGCUGCCUCGCCCGGGACCCCUACUGUGCCUGGGAUGGCCAAGCCUGUUCCCGCUACACAGCGUCUUCUAAGAGGCGGAGCCGCCGGCAGGACGUCCGGCAUGGGAACCCCAUCAGGCAGUGCCGUGGGUUCAAUUCCAACGCCAAUAAGAACGCCGUGGAGUCCGUGCAGUACGGCGUGGCAGGGAGCGCAGCCUUCCUUGAGUGCCAGCCCCGCUCGCCCCAGGCUACCGUGAAGUGGCUGUUCCAGCGAGAUCCCAGUGACCGGCGCCGCGAGAUUCGCGCAGACGACCGCUUCCUCCGCACCGAACAGGGCUUACUGCUCCGCGCCCUGCAGCCUGGCGAUCGCGGCCUCUACUCCUGUACAGCCACCGAGAACAACUUCAAGCACGUCAUCACACGGGUGCAGCUGCACGUCCUGGGCCGGGACGCCGUCCAUGCGGCCCUCUUCCCACCGCCAGCUGCGAGCAUUCCACCGCCCCCGGGCGCCGGCCCCCCCACGCCCCCUUACCAAGAGCUGGCCCAGCUGCUGGCCCAGCCAGAAGUGGGCCUCAUCCACCAGUACUGCCAGGGCUACUGGCGCCACGUGCCCCCGAGUCCCAGGGAGGCCCCUGGGGCACCCAGGCCUCCUAAACCCCAGGACCAGAAAAAACCCCGGAACCGCCGCCACCACCCGCCGGACACAUGAGGCCUGCUGUCUGAGCCCUGCAAUGGGCCAGCCUCUAGCCCUUGUUCCUUUUAAUAUAAAAG